AUGACCGAAGCGCAAGCCAAUGAGUACCUCCGGAAUCGUUUGUGGCAGAAGGCGAAAGACAUUUACGACACGAUCGUUGAGGCGUCCGUAAGCGACGCCCCGUCCGGGGCCGGCUCGACGUCGUGCCGGCGACACUCGAGGGAGCAGGUGAUCGCCUGCCUGUACGGUCGCACCGAAUGCUGCCUCGAGCUCGAGCAGUACGAUCAGGUGGCCCAGGAUUGUGUCCGGCUGCUGCAGCUGCUGAGCGCAGGAGAAUGCAUCCCGGGCACUCCAUCACCACCACCGCCCCCAACGCCGCCGCCGCCGCCGGCAACGUCCACCGAUUCGCCCAGCCCGACACCAUCGUCCUCCUCGUCGACCGGUUCGUCUUCGUCCAUCUCGACGAAGGCAACGUCCGGAUCGUCUGGAGGCGGGACUCAAAAGACCAGCCCGACCGCUACGACGAACGGUGGAAGUGCGGGCGGCGUCGGUACAUCGUCGACGACGACAGCGGUGGCGGCGGUGUCCUCCGGCAGCACCGAGUCGAAGAUCCGCAAGCGGCUCAUACACUCGCUGUUCAAGCAGCAAAAGUUUGCCGAAGCGGAGGUCAUUCUGCAGGAGUGGACCGCGAACCACAGCCACAACCAGGAUAUUGACCGGCAGCUGAACCGGUUGAUGGGGCUGCUGCGGUUGGCUUCCGGGGCUGGCGAUGAGGCCGGUGAUGCCGCGGCAACGGCCGCUGCCAUUGCCGGGGCGGCCGUGACGAGCGACACCGAGUGCAGUCCGGCCUCGUCGACCGAGUCGUUCGUGGCGUCACUGCUCAACGACGAGUAUCGGCACAUCGAGACGAAGCUGGAGAACCUGAUCCUCAACAAUCUGCCCGCGGAUCGCUACACCAAGCAGCUGUGUCGGAUCGAGAACCAGCUGAAGUUUAACAACACCGGAUCGCCGCCGGACUGUGGUCCGGAGCAGCAGGGCAAGAAGCAGCAACCGGCAGCACCGACGUCGGCUUCACCAUCCGCAUCGUCAUCGUCGACGUCGUCGUCAUCAUCGUCAUCUUCUAGCAGUCACCAUCAGCGCGCCGCCGUUCCGAUGGCGGACACGGAGAAGCGCAAGGAUAGCAGUGGAACCGGCAGUGGGGAGGAAAGUGGGAAAAUUGUGGCCAAAGCAACGCCAUCAUCAUCGGCAGCGCCAUCGACUUCAUCGACCAACAACAACAACAGCAGCAGCAGCAACGCCGGUAGCAGUGAUAGUAAAACUAGUGAUAGUAACCGUAAUUUAUUGAACGAAGCAAACAGUGAUAGUGAGAAGAAGGCGACGACGGUGGCAGCGACGGCGGCGACAGUGGUUGCCAGUGGCAACAGCGGCACCACCACCAGCAGUAGUGCCGCUCCUGCCGAACGCGACCGGAAGCCGGGCAUCGGUGCUGCUACUGCUGCUGCUGCCGGCGCGAAAAGCGGCGCGGUCAAGUCGACCGCGUACGGCAAGGAGCAGCAGGUUAAGGGAGGAGGCGAGAAAUUGGCCGCCCGAGGUGUGGGUGCUUCCGGCAAAGCGAUGGCCGCGGCGGCGGCGGUCGACAAACUGAACAGUAUUACCUGCGUGUACUGCACGCUGUCGUUCGCCGAUCGGUCGGAACUGAGGGCCCACUGUCAGACCGAGAGCCACCAGAACAUCAUCAUGUCCGACGAGGGGCGCGACUGGAAGUGGCGUCCACCGCCGCGCGGCUUCGUGGCCGAGGCGUACAGUUUGUGCGAGAACUUUCGCGACAACCAGAACUGCCACUACGGGAACCAGUGCGUGGAGGCGCACGGUGUGGACGAGCUGAACGAGUGGAAGGAGCGGUUCGAGUACCGGAAGAAGAAGCUGCAGCGGGCGCGCGACAAGGAGCUGUACGGCAAGAGCUACACGGAGCAGCUGCUCGAGCGCUGGGUGCAAGCGCCCAGCCCGGACAAGGUGAUGCGCGAGAAGGUGGAGGGCGUCGAGGACAGCUGCUCGCACGAUCUCGUGACGACGAUCUCGUCGAAGGUCAGCAAGCGCGAGUGGUCGUUCGUGCUGAAAACGAAGCGGCCCCUGCGCGCGGUCGCCCUGCUGCAGGAUGCCCACCGGAACCACUUCGUGCUGAAGCAGAUUUGCCCGGGAGGGGCCAGCGGCAAAAAGAGUGGUACCGGCAGCGGCGGCGGCUCGGGUGCGGGGAAGGGACCGGGAUCCGCGGCGGAAGUGGAGCUCACCUCGGAACAGGAGUGGAUCGCCCCGGUAACCGGUGGGGCGACCCCUGCUGCGGCGGCACCCGAAGGGGCAGUGAGUGCGGUGAUACUCGAGCACCGGGUAAAGGUGGGCUUUAGCACGGAGAUUUACGGCACGUUCCGCCAGACGGUGGUGUUCGAUGUGGGCAAGGAACCGGUGCUCGUGAAGCACAUCUGCGUCGAUGUGGUGCCGGUGACGGAGGUCGACAAGAUCCAGGAGAUCAAGAAGGACAUCGUGAUGUCGACGGCCGAGCGCUGGGACGAGACGAACUCGGAGGUGGCCGAGUUUACGACGGCACCGAUCGCGCACAUGCAGACGGCGGCCUACACGGCCGAUGCGGAGCGCGAGAAGGAGCUGCUGGUGCGCUAUCCGCUCCCGAAGGCGUCCACGUUCGUGCUGACGCAGUCGACGAUCACGGAGAAGCGGCUGACGCGCAACAACUACCGGAACCGCAUCCACGAGCUGCUGUACGUGGAGGAGAUCGCGCGGUACGAUCAGAUCGCGCGCUACAACCUCACGACGCGGCUAUCGAUCGUGACGAACUACCUGCUGACGCCGAGCGGAAUGGCCACGAGCACGGCCAAGUACUCGCACUCGGGCGAACUGUUUGCGCUGAUGAAGCUCGGCAAGGACGUGUCGGAGGACACGUCGGCCGGCCGGCUGAUCCUGAACAACUGCCAGGCGGUGUACAUUGCGGCCAAGGAGCAGCCGCCUCCGGGCGAGAAGCGCCGCGUGUACGAGGCGGUCAUCGAGGACAAGGGCAAGAACAUGAUCUACAUGAAGGUGUCGGCGAAGGCCGUGUCCGGGCUGGGCCUGAAGCCUGAGACGGAGUUUCUGGCGGACAUCCAGUUCCAGCCGAACCGGCUGACGUACUGCGAGUGGCACCAGGCGAUCGACAAGAUCGCCGACUUUCGCCUCAUCUUCCCGGAGAUCCUGGCCGAGCCGAGCAUCCCGUGGACGCCGCAGCGCCAGUGGGACGCGGCGCUCGAUCCGAAGCUGAACUCGAAGCAGAAGGAAGCGGUCGUGGCGAUCACGACCCCGGUCAGCGUGCCGCUACCGCCGAUCCUGCUGAUCGGUCCGUUCGGCACCGGCAAGACGUACACGCUGGCGCAGGCGAUCAAGCAGCUGCUGCUGCAGGACAGCACGAAGAUCCUGAUCUGCACGCACUCGAACUCGGCCGCCGACCUGUACAUCAAGGACUACCUGCACCCGUGGGUCGAGGAGGGCAUGGCCGAAGCGAGACCACUGCGCGUCUACUACCACAAGCGCUGGGUGGCCACCGUGAACAGCAUCGUGCAGAAGUACUGUCUGAUCGAUCUGAACAUCAACAUGCGCAACUUCCGGCGGCCCUCGGUCAAGGACAUCCUGAAGCACCGGGUCGUGGUGGUGACGCUCAACAUCUCGAUGGAGCUGGCAUCGCUCGAUCUGCCGAAGGGCCACUUCACGCACAUCUUUCUCGACGAGGCGGCCCAGGCGAUGGAGUGCGAGGCGAUCAUGCCGCUGGCGCUGGCGGGCGAGCGGACGCGCAUCGUGCUGGCCGGCGACCACAUGCAGAUGUCGCCGGAACUGUUUUCGCACUUCGCCAAGGAGCGCAAGCUGCACGUGUCGCUGCUCGAGCGGCUGUACGAUCACUACCCGAACGACUUCCCGUGCAAGAUCCUGCUGUGCGAGAACUAUCGGGCGCACGAGGCCAUCAUCAAGUUCACGUCCGAGCUGUUCUACGAGCAGAAGCUGAUCGCGUCGGGCAAGCAGCCGCGCCACGAAAAGUUUUACCCGCUUACGUUCUUCACGACGCGCGGCGAGGACGUGCAGGACAAGAACUCGACCGCUUUCUACAACAACUCGGAGGUGUACGAGGUGGUCGAGCGGGUGUGCGAGCUGCGCAAGAAGUGGCCGAGCGCCUGGGGCAAGAUCAACGACCAGAGCAUCGGCAUCAUGACGCCGUACGCCGAUCAGGUGUUCCGCAUCCGGUCGGAGCUGCGCAAGCGCCGGAUGGGCGGCAUCAGCGUGGAGCGCGUGGCCAACGUGCAGGGCAAACAGUUCCGGGCGAUCUUCCUGUCCACCGUCCGGACCCGGCGUACGUGCCACAGCAACGACGGCGGCGCCGGCGGCAGUGGGGCCAGCACGGGUGGCCGCGGUGGCAGUACGGGCGAGGAGGUCGACUAUGGGUUCCUGAGCAACUCGAAGCUGCUGAACACGGCCAUCACGCGCGCCCAAAGUUUGGUGGCCGUCGUCGGUGAUCCGGUGGCGCUCUGCUCGAUCGGUCGCUGCCGGAAGGUUUGGGAGCGCUUCAUCGAGAUCUGCUACCAGAACAAGAGCCUGUUCGGGAUCACCUGGUCGCUGCUGCGCUCGCAGCUCGAUGGGGUCGAGCUGAAGAAGACGUACGUGCUGAAUCCGCUGGCACCGGAAUUCAUUCCCCGGGCCCUCCAGGGCGAAGCGUACCUGCGUGAUCAGGCGGCAAGCUUGGGCAACGUCGUCGUUGGACCGGGCGGUGGGCCCGGUGCCGGUGCUGGUGGAGGUUCGGUGGCACCGUAUCACUAUGCCGUGCAUCAACUGGGUGCCGGCUCCGGAGGGUCCGCCCAUCACCACGGGACACAUCCACAGUCCGCCGGGGGGAGCCACCAGCAGCAACCGCAGCAAGCCCAGCAGCAGCAACAGCCACAAAUUGGCGCCCAUCAACACGGGCCGCAGCAUCCGCACCAACCAGCGGGUAACCAGCAGUUCCACCAGCACGGCGCCGGUGGUGGUGGGUUCCCGGGGCUGGGCGGAACCGGUGGGGUGCCGAAUGCUGCCACAGCUGCCGCUGCCGCCGCGGGUUUGAUGCGCAAUCCACUCGCGCUCACACCGUUCGUUGGCCCGGCCAGUGGUGCCGGUGGACCCGGUGCCGGUGGAGUGUUGCAGCCUCACAUGCAGUCCCAACAACCGCAGCCACCCGUACCGCAAGCGCCACCGUCGCAGUCGCAGCAGCAGCAACAACCAUUUCCUUACCAGAGUACCCUCUACUACUACCAGCAGCAGCAGCAACAGCAACAACAACAGAGCGCUCAGCAGCAAACACUCCGCGGUGGUGCGAUCGGGGCCCCCGGUAGCUCGCUGGUGCCCUCCCAUCCGUCGACCCACGCUGGUGGUCCUCCGCUCCCACCGAACCUGGUCGUGCCGCCAGCGAGCGGACCGAGCAGCGCCGGUGGGCUCUGGGGCGCGGCUGGAUCGGCGGCUGCCGCCGCAGCUGCUGCUGCGGCCGCCGUUGCCGGCGGUGGCCACUUCCCGAUGGUGGCUUCACCCGGAGGCCGUAACACGCCACCCGGAUGGCGGUUGGCGGCGCAGAAGAACGCUCCACCCUCGAUCCGACCGCAGCUGUCCCAGCCGAACGCAGUAUCGCAUCUCGCAAUGGCCGGGCUUCCACCGGGUCGUCCGCCACCGAUGCUGGCCGCACCACCAAUGCGCAGCCCAACGAUCGGUGCCGGCUCGCAGCAACCACAGCCAGGGGUCCUACCGCCACUGUCCUACUUUCAGCAGCAACAGCAGCAGGCCAACAAAGGCGUUCUCAUGCCCGGCGGGCAAGGAUCCGGCGGACAGACCGUGGCGUCAACGGGUGGCGGUGGCGGUGGCUUUGGCCUGUACCACCAGCACAUCGGUGGUCCCCUGAACGGCCAGCAGCAGCAACAGCAGCAGCACCACGCGAUGGCGUCCCGUCCGCUGCUGAAUGGGCCGCUGAGUCCGAGUGGCUUCCCGCAGCAGCCGGGCGCAAACUUUGGCCCGCACGCGGCCCAGCCGGCCAACGAUCUGAGCUAUCUGUCCGGGCUGCAAGGUGAGCUGAUGGCGAUGGCCGCCUCGAACCGCAUGCCUCCGUUGGCGGGAGCCAACGCUGCCGGCCAGAAGCUCAACCCAUCGCUCCACCGUGCGGCCAGUGGCGUUGGCGGCGCCGGCGGCGGAGGCGGCGGUGAGCUGUCGUUCGUUGGUCUCGACAAGUCGUCCGAUUUUCAGUUCCUUCAGAACGUGCACUUCCCCGAGUUGCGCACGUCGCAGCAGCAGCAACAACAGCAGCAGCAGCAGCAAGGUGGCCACCUUCAGGCGCUGCAGCAGCAACUGCAACUACAACAGCAGCAGCAACAGCAACAGCAACAUCCACCGCAAAUGGUCGGGCCCGUAUCGGUCCCGGCCGGCGGUCCGGGAGCGCUGGGCCACCACCAUCACGGCCAUCCGACCGACUUCAGUCAUCUGUUGCCACCGAACAUGAGCUUCAUCGAUAUGGCGCUGCAGACGAAGGAGUACCAGUACUAUUGGUUCAUGAAGCUGAUGGAAACGAAGGGUCUGGAGGCGGCCCACAAGUUCACCGACAUUUUGCGCCAGGUGCCGACGGCGGUGGCGGCCGCCAACCAGCAGGCAAUCAAGCCGCUCCCGCCGGGCCAGCAGAGUGGGCUGAACUUGGCGACCCUCAAGGGGGGACCGGGCGGCGGUGGCGGAUCCGGCGUACCCGGUGCUGGUCCCGGUGGUCCCGGGCUGUCGUCGACCCAAACGGCGGAUCUGUUUCUGGAGAACUUACUGAACCCGAUCAAGGAUCCGUUGCUCGUCGGGGCCGGUGUCGCGAGCGUCUCCAACCCGUCUCUCCACUCGAGCGUACUGGCAAACGGAAAUGGUGGCGGCGGUGGCAACGGAGGCGGUGGCGCACCGAAGAGCAUCCUCGACACGGUCGAUCUGUUCGGUGGGCUUGCGUCGGGUGAAAUCCCCUCGCUGAUCGGUCCAUCGAUCGCGUCGCAAUCGAGCCAAUCGGUCCCGCUCUACCGGCGGCAGGCGGGCCAAAACUAUCAGCCCUCGACAUCCGGUGGUUCCGGGUCGGCCCCGAGUGCCGACUCUUCGACACCCGAUCUGCUCGAUUCCGUGCACCUGCACCAGCAGCAACACCAACAGCAGCAGCAUUACGGUGUCAACAUGCAGCAGCAGCAACAGCAACCGUCGCUGGUGGAGCAGCAGCAGCAAAAGUUCUUCUACCCAUCCUCGGACCACGGUCACGGUGUUAUGGGCAAUGGGAAUGGCCUCUCGUUCGGCGGUAACCCGUUGAUGGAGCAGCAGCAGCAGCAGCAGAAUGGGUUCCCCACGGGUGCCGGGUUCACUUCGAUUCAUAACAUAGCGGCCAAUUUGUUGCAACAGCGGCAUCAAAUGCAGCAAGGAUUGGAUGGCGGUCGGGACUUUAUGCAACAUCUGUCCCACCAUCAGCAGCAGCAGCAGCAGCAGCAGCAAGUGGGUGGUUCCGGACAAACGCAUAUGCAUGACGAUCUGCUGCAGCAGCAGCAGCAGCAACAACAACGGCAGCAACCCGGAGCCGGUGCUGGAGGUCACUCGAUCCUACCGGUCGUCUCAUCGGCAGCCCAUGCCACGUACGCCAGCGUGCUGAGCCAGGGGCAGCACGGCGUGUCGCAGCUGGUCAACAACCAUCACCCGCACGGCAACGGCAACCAUCACGUGGGACAGCAUCUGCAGCAGCAGCAGCAACAUUUCGGCGCUCAGCACAGCGGCAUUGACGGGCUGAAGCAACAGCAUGGGAAAUUGGAGCUCUCCGACGAUACGACCGGAUCGGGCCAGAGCGGAACAGGGGCGGCAGCAGUCGUUGGGAAUGGUAACAACAACAAUAACGUUGGCGGCGGCGGCGGCGGCGGCGGCAACAGCAACGAUCCUUUUGCGGCGCUCCGUAAUCUCGGUGGCAAAAGCAAUGGGCUAUAUAAUUACUUCGCCUAAAGCGAGGCCGUUCCGGGCGACACACACACAGGCCUCUGAUCCGGGGUUUGGCAACCUUUCAACAGUACAAAAUGAACAAACAAAAAAACAUGGAAACGAAGUGGAAGUUUCGGUUGGUACAGAAAGUUGCCUUCUGGGUUGGAUUGGGCUUGGACCGCAAGAGAGUGAAAGAGUCACACAGGGAGAGAGGGAGAGGGAGGGA